GCCGCCACCAGCGUCGCCGCCAUGGACCUAGGACCCUUGAAUAUCUGUGAAGAAAUGACAAUUCUGCAUGGGGGCUUCUUGCUGGCCGAGCAGUUAUUCCGCCCUAAAGCACUGGCGCAGUUGACCAAGUCUGACUGGGAACAUGUUGGGCAGCCCAUUGUGGAGGCCUUGAAGGAGAUUUCCUCAGCAACAGCACAUUCCCAGCCAUUUGCCUGGAAGAAGAAAGCUCUGAUCAUCAUCUGGGCCAAGAUCCUUCAGCCCUACCCCGUUAGCCCUUCUGACACUGAAACCCAGUGGCAGGAGGAUGUGUUCUUUUCAGUGGGUAACAUGAUCCCAAAUAUCAACCACACAGUCCUUUUUGAGCUGCUCAAAUCUCUGGAAGCUUCUGGUCUCUUUAUCCAACUCCUGAUGGCCCUGCCCACCACCAUCUGCCGCACCGAACUAGAGCACUUUUUGGAGCACAUGACUGUUGACACUUCUUCCAAGGAUGUGGCCUUCUUCCUAGACGUCUGGUGGGAAAUGAUGAAACAUAAGGGCAAUCAGCAAGACCCUCUGCUAUCGCAGUUUACAAUAAUGGCUCAUAAGUACUUGCCCUCUUCGGAUGAGUUUUCCCAUCCUCCAAAGAGAUUUAAGUCAGACCCAGAUGUGUGUCCCACCAUGCCUCUAUUGGCCAUGCUGCUUAAUGGACUGAAGAAAAUCCAGAAGAGAAUCCUGUGUCUUGGGAUGAAGUGCUGUGCACUAGCCAACUUGGCCGACAUGCUGACAGUAUUUGCCCUUAUGGACGAUGACCCCCAGGAAGUGUCUGCAACCAUGUAUCUAGACAAACUAGCCACAGUGAUCUCUGUGUGGAACUCAGACACUCAGAACCCAUACCAUCAGCAGGCACUGGCAGAGAAGGUAAAGGAAGCAGAGCGGGAUGUCAGCCUGACCUCACUGGCCAAACUCCCCAGCGAGACCAUUUUUGUUGGGUUUGAGUUCAUGCACAGUCUGCUGCAGGAGUGGGGGGAGGAGCUACAGGUCAUGCUCAACAGUAGUCAGGGCACCAACUACGAUAGCUACCGGUUGUGUGACAGUUUGACUUCCUUCAGCCAGAACUUGAAGCUCUACCUGGAUACCACCAGCUUGUCCAAGGAGGAGAGACAAGUGGUCUCUGAGCUGGCUGAAUGUGUUAAAGAUUUCCUGCAGAAAACCAGCAGGGUGUUGAACAACAAGAGCGUUGAGGACAUCACAGCCUCCAUCACCAUGGCCAUCAUUGAGCAGAAGAUGGACCGGCAUAUGGAAAUGUGUUACAUUUUUGCUUCUGAGAAGAAGUGGGCCUUCUCUGAUGAGUGGGUGGCCUGCCUUGUUAGUAACAGGGCUCUCUUCCGAGAGCCAGACUUGGUUUUGAGGCUACUGGAAACAGUAAUGGAAGUCACCAUGACCGACAGAAACAUCCCCCAGUCUCAGAUCAAACAGGUGAUUGGCCUGAUCUUAGAAUGCUAUGCAGACCUCUCACUGCCAGACAAAAACAAAGUGCUCUCAGGUGUUCUGCACUGCUGGGGACGAAAGGGUCUCUCUGAAAGAUUGCUAGAUUACUUGGAGGGUUUUCAGGAAGACCUCAAUAUGACAUUUAACCAGCUCACACAGAGUACCUCGGAGCAGGGCUUGGCUAAAGCUGUGGCAUCUGUGGCCCGUCUGGUAAUACUACACCCUGAAGUCACGGUAAAGAAGAUGUGCAGCAUGGCUGUGAUCAACCUUGGUACCCACAGGUUCCUGGCUCAGAUUCUCACCGCCUUCCCAGCCCUUAGGUUCACAGAAGAGCAAGGGCCAAAUUCAUCCACCACUUUCGUGGUGUCAUGCCUCAAAGAAACCGUCUGGACAAAGUUUUCUACACCCAAGGAAGAAAAGCAAUUUUUAGAACUCCUGAGCUGCCUGAUGAGUCCUGUGAAGCCCCAGGGGAUCCCAGUCGCUGCACUUCUGGAACCUGACGAGGUGCUGAGGGAAUUUGUCCUGCCUUUCCUGAUGCUGGAUGUCGAAGUGGUAGACCUCAGUCUGAAGAUCUUCAUCCAGACCAUUGAAGCCGAUGCAGGCUUAGAGGAAUACUGGCUCCAGACCUGUUCCCCGUUCCCCAUCCUCUUCAGUUUGUGCCAGCUCCUGGACAGCUUCACCAAGUACUGGCAGCUCCCUCAGGAGAAGCGGAGCCUCCCUCUAGAUGGAAAGGAUCUAGUGAUCCGCAUCCUGGAGCUCCUCUGUGCGAUUGUGUUAGGCAAUGCAGAGACCUUCUCCCCCGAUACCUGGAUCAAGUCCUUGUCCUGGCUCCACCGGAAGUUGGAGCAGCUAGACUGGACUGUGGGCCUGAGACUGAAGAACUUCUUCGAGGGCCACUUCAAAUGUGAAGUGCCAGCCACACUUUUUGAGAUCUGUAAGCUUUCUGAGGCAGAGUGGACCUCCCAGGCCCACCCUGGCUACGGGCCUGGGACAGGGCUGCUUGCAUGGAUGGAGUGCUGCUACAUUUCCAGCAGCAUCUCUGAGCAGAUGCUCUCAGUCCUGGUGGUGGAUGUGAGCAAUCCUGAGGAAGUCAGAUUGUUCAGCAAGGGCUUUCUGGUGGCCCUGGUGCAAGUCAUGCCCUGGUGCAGCCCCCAGGAAUGGCAGUGCCUUCAUCAGCUGACCAGGAGACUGUUAGAGAAACAGCUCCUCCAUGUCCCUUACACCCUGGAAUACAUUCAGUUUGUUCCACUGCUCAACCUGAAGCCCUUUGCCCAGGAGCUCCAGCUCUCUGUCCUCUUCCUGAGAGCUUUCCAGUUUCUCUGCAGCCAGAGCUGUCGUAACUGGCUUCCCAUGGAAGGCUGGAGCCAUGUGGUCAAACUCCUCUGUGGCAGUCUGACCAAUCUCCUGGACUCAGUUAGGUUGAUACAGUCGGGGGGGCCCUGGGCCCAAGGGCAAGACCAGGACCUGACUCAGGAAGCCCUAUUCGUUUAUACCCAGAUGUUCUGUCAUGUUCUGCACAUCAUGGCCAUGCUCCAGCAAGAGGUCUGUGAACCACUCUACGUGUUGGCCUUAGAAAUACUUACCUGCUAUGAAACCCUAAGCAAGACCAACCCUUCUAUUAGCUCCUUGCUCCAGAAGGUAAAUGAGCAGCGCUUCUUAAAGUCUAUUGCCGAGAACAUUAGCCCUGAGGAACGGCGUCAAACCCUGUUGCAGAAGAUCAGCAACUUCUGAUCUUUAUGGGGCAGAAAAUAGCUUCGCUAUGGUGCUUCUGUGGACUCUGGAGUUGAGAAACAAACUUUUUUGUGAAAUUGUACACAGGCUAGAAGGUAUAUGGCAAUAGCAGUAAAAGAAAAUAGUUUCUUAGGUAUUUAUAACAUACAGACUAUAAUAAAAUUCUCUUGAAUUU